AUGGGGAAUAUUACAAGUGAGGAAACUAAACAAGAAGCGUUGUCGACUUCUAAAGUCACUAGAGAACAAUUGCACACAGCUUUUAGACGUGAAGCCAAGGAAGCGUUAACGAACAUCGAACUAAUUAGCAUUUCCCGUUAUCUUUUUGGAAAGAUAGUAGGGUUGAACGAGAGAAUCUCGUAUGAUGAAUUGCUCAAAAAGCUCGAUUUACAGAUAUUAUUGACAGAUGAUAGAGGAGACCUGCUUUAUAAAUUUUUGAAAAUAAUUUCCAGUUCUCCGUGCCUGUCAAACGUAAUCGAUAUUAAUCAAAAGUCGUUCAGCUUAUAUGAUGUGUUGAUCCUCGUUUCCGUUUUUAACAGCAAAGGACUAAAAAAACUAGGACUAACUGAUGAGUACUUUAUACACUUGGUUUUCAUUGUUUUGAUAUCAUCAUCAUCAUCAUCAUCAUCAUCAUCAUCAUCAUCAUCAUCAUCAUCAUCAUCAUCAUCAUCAUCAUCAUCAUCAUCAUCAUCAUCAUUUCGACCUGGUGGUCUUACUCACGAGGGCAAGGAUGACACUGAUGAUAUGGUUGAUAUCAUAGUGGAGAAUAACAGAAUCAAAUGGGCCCUAAUUCCUGUUAUGCAAUCAUUUGAUAAGUUAGAGAACUCGGGGAUAUCUAAAUCCAACCUUCACGAUUUUUUAAAUAUUUUAUUGCCCCUAUCGGUUCAUCAAUACAAUUCCAAAGCAUUCACUUUGAACUAUACUACCCAAAUUGACGCAAUAAUCACUACUGUAUUUCUCUCAUCGAACAAUGCUGAUGAUACAAUAAUUUUUGAGACCUUUUAUGCCAGGUAUAGAAACAAUUAUCCACAUCUAUUCGACCCUAUAAAAAGGUUAUUUUACCCGCUCUUGUAUGAAAGUACGAGAUCAAGCUCGGAGGAUACAAUGGACUACAACAGUGACAAGGGAAGAAGAAAUAUUGAGCUGAAUCACAAAAUUCUUAACCUUCCGCUCUUAUCGCAAUUAUCGACCAUACUGAAUGUGGACAGCUUGAACAUGGCUGUCAAUUCUAAGCCGCUUUAUCAAGGUUCAAGAGACGGGUACUCCAUUAACUCGAUUCAAUCCCACACUUUAAACUAUCGUGCGCCUACUUUGUUGUUAAUAUCUGGUAAAACGGUUGGCGAAGAACGCCAUUAUAACAGUUCAUUUUUCAGCAAGUUCCCUAAAUUUCAUCCUGUGGCUAGUUCCGGUCUGAAAUCGAAGGAAAAGCUGAAGUUUCAAGUUGCUGUUUUUUUAACCGACCAAUGGAGGAUAACUAACACAAAGACUUUUGGAUCGAAAGAUUUCAGAAUUGUCCAAUUGAGUCCACUUCAGUUGAUCAUGGACUCUGGCGCUACUCUGAGAGAUGAUUACGCAUACUUCAGCAACAUUGGAUGUGGUUUAGGAUUUGGAUCGAAGCCUCCUGUGAAGUCCAAGGAUAUCAAAAACAAUAGUCUACGCUUCAACCUUGGGGGAGUCUCCUUGACAAUCGAUAAUUCGUUAGAAAUGGGCAACUUUCGGGUGGAGGAUAUGAGUGCCCAAAGUUCCACCUACGCUACAGGUUGUACGGAUAAGCAGCUCUUCAGCGACAUCUGGUUCAAAAUCAAUGAAAUCGAAAUCUACGGGCUCGGCAACGUGGAAAGUUUGAAGGACCAAAAGCUGGCCAUGGAGUGGGAAGAACGAGAGGCGGAGAGACGGAGAGGGAUAGGAAACAAGGACUACCAGGAAGGCAAGGCCCUUCUCGAACUUGCCGGCCUCGUGGGUGGGGCCCAAAGUGGUGGUAGCAUGUAG